AUGCAUUCCACAGACGAUGUUAGUCCUGUGCCAGAGAAGAAGGCUAGAUGGAAGAAGUGCCCGAUCUGUGAGGAUAGCGUUUACAUUUCAGAGACCAGACCCGUCCGUUGGUCAGUUGACAAAGAAGCAAGUCAGCUCAUGGAGGGUGGCGACGUAUGCCUGAAGCUACUGAAAAGAGAGCCCGGGAGCACUCUGGCAUUGCCGAAGGAUGCUGCCGACAACUACGGAAAGCAAGACGACAUUCCAUGGUAUCACGUGGCUGAAAUUAUGGACUAUGCACGAUUUAUGAAGGGAGGUGAGCAGUACAUGAAGGACCAGUACGAUAAGGAGAUUUCAGAGCUUGAUGCUCAGGAGAAAGAGGAUGAGCUCAUGUUCGGCGAUGAGACCACCUGGACACGGAAGGCUGUAGCUGCUAUCAGGGAGGCUAAGGUGCGAUUGGACGGUAUGGGCGACCCACCACACAACGUGCCGGCACCUGCGAGCGCCGAUUCUGUAUUGCACUCGUGGGAAGAUGAAAUCAGUGAGCCAGAGGCCGCCCCGGCCGUCUUGACAGCAGCAACGAGAAACCUUUCCAUCAGCACCAGUACAUCGGACCCGAAGCCAGAACAGUCGACGCAUGCAAAUCCGACAAAGGCCGCCCGGCUGCCAUUCUACUUCUACAGUGCCCUCCCAAAUUUCUAUCUUUCUCCGCUGGACAUUCGGAUACUCAAGGCGGCCUUUGGCGAGUUUUCAGCAUUUCCCACGACCAUUCUGCCUCGCGUAGAACACAUUUCCAUGGGUCAUAUCGUUGACGACGAGCUCCGCAAACGGGCUAAGUACAUUGGUCACUUACCCCAUGGCUGCGAGGUCAGCUUCCUCGAAUGUGAUUGGACGGACAUCAUCCACCCGAGCAUUCUCGAGCAAUUCAGCGAUGACAUCUCACGACGCAGAAAGCGGAACACAGACAAAGAAGCACGCGAGGAACGUGAUCGGAUGCGUGCAGAACGCGAAGAAGAUGCCAGAUUGGCCCACAUACGCCGACAGCGCCCGCCCGGGCCAGAGAAGAGCUUCUCUGACACCGAUUUCAUCCCCCUCACACAAAACAGCGCUGAGGUGGGCUCUGUCGACUCAGCACUAGGCUCAAGUCCGCCGUGGGCAAAUCAUCGUACCCAUUCCUCAUUCGCGACGCUUACGACACCCGGCACCAGUCCAGACGCACCACGAACUGUCUGGGGCACGGCCGCAGUCGUAGGACCCGCCUCGCCACCACUUAUCGCUACCAUCGAGCAGCCUCGGCCGGUAGACGACGGCUGGCUUCAGGGCUGGGAAAGGGACCUCAUGGCCGAGAAUGACAUUGCGUUGGUUGAGGCUAGCAUAAAUAGCCAGGCGAGUGGCUCGCAAGCAGCCGCCUUGUCAGGCGGAGGUGCCAGAAAGGGCAAGAAGAAGAAGCAGAUUACUGUGUUCUCUACUGGCGGUGCGAGACGGGGUGCUUGA